AUGUGUCAAAUGUUUGGAAAUAAUGACAAGGCUGCUGAGAAGGGUAAACUAGCAGAACAACGUCUCUUCGGCGAACUGGGUCAGGUUAAAGAUAAUAUUACAGUGGCGCUGAGUGGCGCAGCUGUCGACUACCCUGUAGCGCUGGUGCAAGCAGAGGAUUACAUAGACAACCAGGACAAUGGGAGCACGAACGGCUCUUUAAAAGACAGCGCUACCACUGCCUCCAGUGACGUCGACUCAGCUUCAAAUUCCGAAGAUGCGGCCGACAUUAUCGCCGUUAGGUCAAAUACCAAGUUCGAGACGUCUGCACACUGUCAACGUUCUGCGUCUGACAAAUCUAAGAGCGCGACAGCUAAACCACCUGUUCCCCCUACAGAACACCCUAAACAGAUACCCACUUCGAGCGCACAAGCCUUCAUCGAGGAGACAUUUUUCAGGCGCCUUCUCCAUGGAAUUUCAACUCACAUUAUUGAGCAGUUUUUGGACAACCCAAAGCUGAAAAUCGACUCUUCCACCGGCAGAGAGCUUUGGAAUUUCAUUCGAAGUCUCGACACUUGGAUGACGAAGGCUGGAAUGAAUCGAUACAAGGAGCCCCUAAGGGUGCUUUAUCAGUUCGCUAAACUGCUCAAAACAGACAGGGACACACUCUUCCAGAUGAGAGUAGAACAUAUGCGCCGAAUAUGUCCCGAGAUACCUGUCCCGGUGCUCUAUUUCCUGCUGGAGAACUAUGAAAACGGUCAAGGUGUGCGACAGGCCGAAGUCUGGCAGUAUGAUGAUGUUGGCACCAUCGGUUGCGAUGACUCGCGUAAGUUGCUCUGA